GGCUCCUCGUACGCGCUGCGCCGCCUCCUCGGCGACCCCGGCCUGCGAGGUGCCACCGAGCCGGACGCGACCGGCGGUGGGGCCGGUAGCCUUGCGGCCCGGCACCCCGUCCAGGUGGCCGCCACCAUCCUCGGCUCCACCACCAGCGCGUUCCUGGGGGUCCUGGCCGACGACCUGAUGCUCCAGGACCUGGCCCGCGGCUUGAAGAAGUCGAGCUCCUUCAGCAAGCUCUUGGGGGCCUCACCCAUGGCCCCACGGAAAAAGGCCAAGAUCCGAGGGGGCCUGCCAGCCUUCACAGAAAGCGCUCGGCGACCCACUCCGGGGCCCUUGGCUGGCUUAAUGCCCAGUCUGCCCCCUGCAACCUGAAGGGCCUUGGGGUUAUGGCCUCUGUGAUCCAACAGGCCUGCCUGGGGUGGUCUAAGCCAGCCCGGUUCUGGGGCCCAGCACCGGCCGCCCCAUCUCGCUUCCGACUUCCCCCUCUGCAGCCUCUUUUUCCUGGGUGGGCCUGCUCCUCCGGCGUCCGGCUUUCGUCUGAAACUCUGGCUCAGAGGUGGGAUUCUGCAGGCGUCCAUGGAGAAACCCAGCUCCAGGCCCGAAGACGGGGCUUGAAAGUUGGGGUCAAAGGUUAAGGGGCAGCAGCCGGUCUGGCCCCUGCAUGCUUGACGAGGUGGCUCUUCACACUCCCAAGCCAGAACUGGAGAAAGGGUCUCUGAAAGGUUCCUAUAGUGGAUUGUCAGCUUCAAGGUACAUGGUGGUUUUGUAAUCUGAGGCUUUUAUUCUGUUUUUAAAAACGAAAUGAGGUAAAGCCACUUUCAUAAUAACCUUUGAAAAUUAUAUUUUUCCAUUUUUAGGCAAAAUGCUCAUUUUCAAACUUUUGCUAAAUAUUUUGGAAUAUUAUUUAAAAAUAGAUGAGCAAGAUCUAAAGAAAAUUAAUCCCCACAACAAAACUUUUUAGAAGUUUAUCUACCUCAUUUUGGACAGUCUAGAUUCUGGAGUCUUGAACAGGGAGUAAUCAGUGUGACCCUCAGGAAUGGAACUAAUUUCGCUUGCACUGUGACUGCUACUGGGAAAGAAGUGCAUCUUGGGAGUGAAAGUGAUGGAACAGAGAGCAGAGAUAUUUUGGCAAAUGGUCUUAGACUAUGGUGAAAUAUGUGUGUUUGGCACCAGUAGCUGGCUAUUGAUAUGGCAUGAAUAUAUCAUUUUUUUAAAUUGUGACUUAUUUGUGAAUUGCACCUUUGUGUCAUGUUUGUGAGUCUGUGGUUUUUACAUUUGGCUGAGCCAUUCGGUUCAAUGGGUGAAUAUUAAAAAAAAAAAAAAAAGUCAUAGCAUUACACCA